AUGCCCGCCUACCACUCCACUUUUCUCGGCGAAUCCGAGAGGACCGUCGGAAACAUAGUCUUGUUGCCAAUUCAUACCACCUACCGUGGUCCUUCUUACCCCCCAAGCCAGGAAUAUGACAUCAUUGAAGAAACGCUCGAUUUGUUCCGCGCAAACUCGUUUUUCAAGAAUUUCGACAUCAAGGGUCCAGCAGACCGCUUGCUCAUCUACGGGAUUUUAGCACAGGCCAGAUACUUUCUUAAGAGAAACCAUUCCUAA